AUGUUCAACCUCGGCUUUAGGAUUACCACCCUUCUUAUACCCCUUCUUCUGGUCUUUCGGCAAUGUCAAGCAAGAUCGAAUGUCACGAUGCACCUCGGCUUAACUUACGACAGUAGUCGCAACUGUGACGAAUCACCCUACAAAGUUACUGUCUGUAUCGGUCACAAACUCGACAAGUGCCGUAUAUUUGGACCGCAUUUAUUCUAUGUGCAGGCGGCUUGCGCGGCGUAUGGACCGAAGGAGGUUAUUCAAUUUGAGGUGGACAGUGUGGAAGAGCCGUUAAGGGUGGAUGCUACAAUUAAGGCGACAAACAGCGACAAGGAGUUUCAACUGCAACCAGUGACAGCCAACCUCACCUUCCCUCGUCCCAUUGAUGCAAAAACCAAAAAUCUUAAAAUAAUUCUGCAAUUCCAAUUCGCCUACACCUGCGUGGGGGGCUACUUUGGGGAGCUGUGCGAUGUCUUCUGCUCUUCCGAGGCCAAGGAGUACCGAUGUAGUCUGAGUGGGGAAAAAAUUUGCAAUCCAGGUUACAUCAAAGACAACGAGACCGGUGCAUGCAUCUACGACCGAUGCGGGUCGAUGCCCAACUACUGUCUGAACGGCGGUCGAUGCGUGAAUAAGGCGCAGGAUGAAGAGGACGCUUUGGACACCACCACUAUGCCCAUCUGCAUCUGUCCACCCACUCGCAUGGGUGCCCGGUGCGAGAUUUUCCGCUCGCUUCCUCUCCCUACUGCUGUCUCCACUACCACCACCACCACUGCUGUCAUUCCAACUACUGCAGCAAAUUCUAGCAUCACCAGUCGUCCUUCUGAUCUCGUUAUUAGUGGUACACUGCGACAUCAACCAAAGAAUAAUGUCUCAGUGGCACGGCUGUCCAAAGGCAACGGUGGCAUUUCACAGAGUUCUGGAGCUCUGGAACAGUCCAUUCCGGAGAGGGAACUAUGGUACCAAGUAAUGGUUUUCACCAUCAUUGCUGUCUGCUUGACCAUUCUGGCUUUCGGGGUCUGUCUUGUUGCUGGUUGCUAUGUGGCUAGUCACUUCGGAGAUAUGCGAUUUGUGGACGGAGAGUGUUUAAACAGUCCUGUCACAGUUGCACCUGGUAGUGUUGGUGGUGGCGUCAAUGGUGGAGCAGGUGGAGGUAUCCCAGUCUACCUUCACCGACUCUCCUCCCUUGACUACAACUCCCAGACCCUUCAGCGACCCCCUUCUGUACGCAGUUUCGCGCUCUCUCGAACCCCCACUGCUUCUGGCAUUCCUCUUGACACCACUCAAACUCCCACCGAGCAGCCUUUUGUAGUCGCCAAUGGCUUCAACUGCCAGGCUGACACUCUGGCUUGGCACCCGAUCUACCGCAGCCCUGCAAAGACAUGGGGUGACUUCACCUUUGAUACAUUCGCGCGAGCUCCUCCUGCCACCACCGCAACUGGCGAUGUGGAUCGAAGUGCUUAUGGAGACACAUUACCCACUGUAAAUUCACCAGAAGCUUAUGCGUGUCGUCACGAGGCCUAUGGUUACUUGUCAGAACUACACAACCAUCUUAGUGACAACUUGGUAACCUCGGCGCCAGUGAUGAAUAAUAUGCUGACGUUGAGGACUUCGUCAAUCCUAAGUCCCACGGCCUGCCAACAGACAUCAAAGAGUCCUACUGAGGUGGAGGAUAGUGCGAUGGAUAUGCGGAAGAAUGACUUCCAAAUGGCGCCUACUUCUCCCCCCAGUGAAUUCGCAGAUCUUGUAAUCAAGUGA